AAGUCUGGUGGCCAGAUGUUCCAGAAGCAUUCAAGUCCGAUGCAGGAGUGGUUUCCCCUGGAAGACGUUCUAUUUAAAUUGCUGGAAGAUGAAAACUGUGAUAUUCUUAGUUUUGGUGUUCUUGGAAGAAACCUUUGGAUGGGGAUUUAAGAACGGAGUCCUCCACAAUUCUAUAUGGUUGGAACAAGCAGCUGGAGUCUAUCACAGGGAAUCACGGAAUGGAAAGUAUAAACUUACCUAUCGGGAGGCCAAAGCUGUGUGUGAAUAUGAGGGGGGGCGCCUGGCUACGUACGAGCAACUGGAAGCAGCGAGACAAAUAGGUUUCCAUGUAUGCGCCGCUGGAUGGUUGCACAAAGGAAGAGUCGGCUAUCCCAUAGUAAAGCCUACAUUUAACUGUGGGUUCGGAAAGAAAGGCAUCAUAGAUUAUGGAUUUCGGCUAAACAAAAGUGAACGAUGGGACACCUACUGCUACAAUCCCCACUCAAAAGAGUGUGGCGGGGUGCUCACAGAGCCAGAGCGCAUCAUUAAAUCCCCUGGAUAUCCAAAUAACUAUGAAAAUGACCAGAUUUGCUACUGGCAUAUCCGGGUCAAUUAUGGCCAGCGCGUUUUUAUAGAGUUUCUGGACAUUGACAUCGAAGAGGACAUCGACUGCCUGUCCGAUUACUUUGAAAUAUAUGACAGCUAUGAUGACAUUCAUGGGUUGGUAGGAAGGUACUGUGGUUAUGAGCUUCCUGACAGCAUCAUUAGUACAGGUAACGUCAUGACUCUAAAGUUCCUGACGGACCGCUCGGUCAGUGGAGGAGGCUUCCAGAUCAAGUACACUGCCAUAGACUUACCCUCAAAACAAAGUGAUGGAGCCAAUGCAUCCUCCGAGGCAUACAACGAAUUUGAAUACUGACAGCCCCGACAUAACCAUUCACUAUGUCUCAGUAUUGUUUCCAUGGUCAACCGGACACAGCAAGAGCUUCAGUGGGAGAUCUUAGAUCUUACAGAUACAGAGACAUUUCUUUUUUGCAUAUUGUCAGAUGAUCAGAACCUGGCAUUUAGUAUGCAUGGGGUGCCUGAGUUUGUACAGCAACCACACACACUAGAACUACUACUAUUACAUAGAUUUAGUUGAUAUGAAGCUGGUACAACAUUGUGGGUACAUCUUCAGCCCACUAAAAGGGAUGAAGAUUACAUCUUCUUUGGUGACCUAAAUUGACCAUUUUUCAAUUUAUCCCAUGACACUAUAAGAAUUUGACAAGUUCUCUCAUUAUAUAACUAUAACCAUUUCAUCUUUUUGACAUGUUGAUCUUUCCAUAAGUGAGCUAUUGAUCUUGAGAAAGGGACUUUUUUGUUACAUGUUUAUUUUUUGGUGCUAAGUACCCGGGAAGUCUUUAACUGUAAAAGUUUGAGUGCCCAUCCUAUGUACCUGUUUGUACUUAAACAUCAACAAAUGACAGGCAACAGGUUGGGUGAACAUAUACAGUAUAAAGUCUUAUUGCCCCCAUCUUGCCUUACUGCUGCUAUUUUGCCCUACUAUGCCUACUCUAUAUUUUAUAGAGGCCCAGAAUGAAACAGACAUAGUUCCCAUGAAGGUGUAUAUUUUGUGAUUCACUGUCGACUGAGCACUAUUGAAACUUGGAAACAAGCAAGGCAGGAACUAACAAACCUGUAGUUAACCAGAUAACUUUUAGUCAAGCAGAGGAACAUUCGCAGGCUGAGAUCGGCGUAUAGCCAAAGCAUCAGAAUGUUCCAUUCAAAAUGUAACUGCCUACUCCAACACGGAUGCACUCUAUAAACUGUGCCUCUGUACAAAAUGAACUUCUUUUAUCCACCUCUAUUAUCUUGUUGUCUACAUCAAAGCAGUGAAACAUGCGAUGAAAGGAAGAUCCAAUGAUGUAUUACAAAUGUCAUAUAUCUUCACUUUACUGACCAAACUAAAAUGGAAUGCCAACUUUACUUCUGGGUAAUAGGCAAAUAUAGCAAUAUCUGGUGCAACAACCAAAUAUGCAUCUCACCCUCUUUUUGAAUAAAGGUGUUUAUGGUUUCUGAA